AAGUCUUCACUAUAGAUGAUUUUAUUGGUGAUAUCUUAGCAGAUGAUUUGUUACUAGAGAUAACUGAAAUCGAUUCUUUGACUACCUGUUCUGGGAGAGUUAUAGGUUCAAUGCUAGUUAUGGAGAGAUUCUCUUCACAUAUUUAUGAAGCAGGUCAUUCCGCUACAUUUGUGAGGGCUAGGCUAGUGUUAAGAGCAGGUCAUUCUGCUCCUGAUUUUAGCUGA